AUGUUCGCUUCGACCGCCUUGAUCGCAGCACUCGUCAAGAGCAAGGCAUUCCCAACGAACAAUGCUCACGCUGGCAAACCUCUUCAGCUCUCACGUGAAGCUGUUGAAUCCGUCGCUGAACAAUUAAAGAGUUCUUCUACUAUCACUGAAGAUGCAGCAUCCACCGCUGGCAGCCAAACCACCAUCGUUGACGAAGAAUCAGCUCUUCAACUUCAAUCUCGUAUCAAGAACGCCAUCGAAGUCUUGUUCCGCAACAACGAAAACGUACGCUUGUUGGAUGCCAACCAUGCUGUCGAUUAUGUCGCCUAUGGCUUGUCGGAUCUCGUUUUUGUGUAUCCCGGUCAUGCUGGCAACUAUCUUGGUCAUCAACUCAAGGAGUGGCAAGCAUCCAUCCGCAACAGCCAAGGCGAUCUUGUCAAGGUGAUCGAAAUGGAAACAAGAGCCGGUGCAUUGCAAGCUGUUCAGGGCGCUAUUGAGAACAACACAAAGACAGCUUCAGUGCUUACUUCUUCUCAAGCUCUUUUAUCCAUGAUCCCCAACAUCCACGCUCUUGCUCUUGCUCGUCAACCUGUUGUAUUCCAUGUGGGUGCUUUCUCAGUCGAUGAGAACUUGGUUGCUUAUUCUCAAGUGGAUGCUGUCCUUGCUGCUCGCAAUUCGGGUGCCAUUGUUCUCUCUUCAAGCAACGUUCAAGAAGCACAUGAUAUGGCUAUUGCUGCUCAUCUCAUUGCCAAGGCUGCUGGCUUACCCGUCAUCCACUACUUUGAUGGUGCUGCUUCUGAUAUUCAAAAGGUCUCUCUUUAUUCAUAUGAAAAGUUGGCUUCGCUUUCUACUACUACCUCAGCUGCUAAUGGUGGUGAUGCUUAUGCUGUCGUUGAAAGUGUCCUUGGUCAAUUUGGUUACAAGGCCUUUGAAUAUACCGGUGCUGCUGAUGCCGAAACCGUUUUGGUAUCCCUUGGUGCUUCGGUUGCUUCAGUAUCACAUGCUGUUCAACGUGCUGCUGCCAACAAGAACAACAAGGUCGGCUUGGUAACGGUGCGUGCUUAUCGUCCUUGGUCCGAAGCUGGUUUCAUUGCCAGUUUGCCAUCCUCCACACGUCAUGUCGUUGUCCUUGAACAAACCGAUGGCUUGUUUGCAUUCAAUGGUCCUCUCUUUUUGGAUAUUGCUGCAGCCAUCCGCUUUGGUUCCUUGGCUCGUCAAGCUCGUCCUCGUCUUGUUACUGCCCAAGCUAGCACAUUUGGUCACCUUGGUGCCGCUCAUAUCCCUCUCAUUGUCAAGGAGGCUGAAAGCAAGACCUUUGUCGAUUUGGCAUCUGAAGAAUUCUUGCAAGUACAAAACGAGGAUGUUGUUGUUGAGGACGGCGCCAUCUUUUGGGAUCUUGAACAAGACGGCAGCGCUGAUGCCGCUACCCAUAUCGCUCAUCUUUUGCAUCAAGACAAGAAGGAUAUCACUUUGCAAUCAGCACGUGAUGCAUACCGCGUGGGUGGUGCUGUUAUCAACUCUCGUCUCAACCAAAAUGUCGACAGCAAGUCUGGAUUCAUUGGCGUUCACAACAUUGCAUUGACCAAGGAGUACGAUAUUUUGGCAUCGGCUGGCAAGAAGGCUACCUUGGUGGUGAAUGGUCCUUGGAAGCAUGGCGAAGAGAUCGAAGGACAAUUGACAAACGAGUUCAAGCUGGCAUUGACUCAACUCGACAUUCAACUAUACACUUUGGAUGCUGCCUCCAUUCUUGAGCAAGUUGGUUUGCAUCGCAAGUCGAGCCAUGUCAUUUGGGAAGCUGCCUAUUUAGUGUUGACUCAACAACAACAAGCCAAGGAGGCCACCAAGCGUCUUGCAUCCUUGUACUAUGAGUUGGACCCUGCUGUGGCUGAGGAUGAUCAAGGCAACAAGCGUGAGCUCUAUUCUUUGGUGGAUGAAGUCCUUGAAUCCGUUGCCAAGCAACUUGUGCGUAUCGAGUUGUUGCCUCCAUGGACCAUUUUGGAAGUGAGCGAUAAGGUGUUGCCUACUCGUCCCAUUGCACGUGCCGUCGUUGAUGAGGAGGAAGCUGCUGUUGACAGUGACGCUGCCACUGCUGUCGAUGAAGGUGAACAAGAAUUGGGUCAAGUUGGCAAAUGGCAUCAAGCUGCCUGGCAAGUCAUGUUCAAGGAAGCUUAUGGCACUGAGUCUGCUGUGAGACCUGAUUUGCAUGAGAACACCUACUUGAUCAAGUUGUCCGAGAACAAGCGCUUGACUCCUACCACCUAUGAUCGUAACGUGUUCCAUCUCGAGUUUGAUACCACUGGUUCCAACCUCAAGUACGAGCUUGGUGAUGCUCUUGGUGUGCAUGGUCACAAUGACUACGAUGAUGUUAUUGCUUUCCUCGAAUGGUAUGGUCUCAAGGGUGAAGAUGUGGUCACUGUCAACAACACCGAUUUGGGCAAGAAGGAGACUCGCACCAUUUUCCAAUUGUUCUCUCAAACCUUGGAUAUCUUUGGUCGUCCAUCCAAAAAGUUCUAUGAAGCCCUUGCAUCGUAUGCCACCGAUCCCAAGGAGAAGGAGCAAUUGUUGUUCUUGGUGUCUUCUGAAGGCAAGGAGGAAUACAAGAAGCGUGUCGAUGAUACGGUGACUUAUGAAGACUUGUUGCGUGAAUUCACCUCUGCCAAGCCCCCUGUGGAAGCUCUUGUCAACAUGAUCACCUCCAUCAAGCCUCGUCACUACUCGAUUGCCUCGUCUCAAAAGAUGCAUCCCAACUCUGUGCACUUGUUGGUGGUUGCUGUCGACUGGGUGAAUGCUGCUGGCAAGAAGCGCUAUGGCCAAUGUACUCGUUAUCUCGCCAACUUGCGAGUGGGCUCCGAUGUCACUGUUUCUAUCAAGCCUUCGGUCAUGAAGUUGCCUCCUCUUGAUGAACAACCUGUCAUCAUGGCUGGUCUUGGUACUGGUAUGGCUCCUUUCCGUGCCUUCAUUCAAGAACGUGCUAUUGCCAAGGCUGCUGGUCGCAAGGUCGGUCCUAUGGUCCUCUACUUUGGUUCGCGUUAUCGCAGCAUGGAGUACUUGUAUGGUGAAGAACUCGAAGCUUACCACGCUGAUGGCUUGUUGACGCGCAUGGGUUUGGCAUUCUCACGUGAUGGCAAGAAGAAGGUCUAUAUCCAACACAAGAUGAUGGAAGAUGCCGAGUUGCUCCAUGAUUACCUCGUCACUCGCAAUGGUCACUUUUAUCUCUGUGGUCCCACUUGGCCCGUACCUGAUGUCAAGGAUGCUGUUGUCUAUGGUCUCAAGAACUUUGGUGGUAUCGAUGAGAAGGAAGCUGGCAACCUUAUCGAAGAAUGGAAGGAGAAGGAAAAGUACAUCUUGGAAGUCUACUAA